CUGUAAGAUUCUACUUUGUCUUAUGUCUCAUAAUAAGUUCAUUAAUAGAAUGAAUACAGAUUAACUUUUAAAAUAUCGGUGGAGAGAAACACGCUACCGUGGCAGUUUGAGCUUCCUGUGCUACUCAUUUCUUUUGCAAAUAGGUGACCUUGCCUAUGUUUAGUCAUGUGCAGAUGGCCAGGUAAAUAAAUAGGCACUAACACAAAUCUAGGUUAAAGAUUAUAUGCAUGUAAUGUAUUUUGUCUUACAUUUUCUGAUGACUUUUGAUCUUUUCUAAUUAAUGCCAACUUGCAGUGUUGCUGAAGAGAUAAUACAGGUGUAGUUUGGAUUUUAGAAUAAUUGUCCAUAUGUCAGUGCAUAGAUAAUUUCACUAUGUUUUGAAAAAAUGCUACUUCCGGUCUUUGUGUUUGCAGUCAAGGUAAAGAGCAUUACUAGUGUGACACACACAUCUUUAUAAGCUACUUGGUUUUAUCUUUUGAUAUUGCUUUGAACCAAAUAUUGCUAUAAUGCAUGUUGCAUUAUAAAGAUUAAAGUUAGAGAUGGGGUAGGGGUUAGCAUUUGUGUAAAUUGUUUGCAACUUAGAUUGUAUAAAUUGAAAUAAAUCAUUGAAAUUAUCAGGAUACAGGUUACAUUUCUGAUUUUACAGUCAUAACACUCCCCUGACACUCCAACCUGAUCAAUAAGGCUAUGAUAUUUACUUUAAAAAGAUUAUUUCUCAUUUAACAUUCUAAUAAUGGUAAUGCAUUUGAUCAGAUCAUGAUAAGAUCAGAUAAUAUUUUUGUACUUCUUUGUAUUUUGCCUAAAAAAACUGGGUGUGGUCAGGAUAUGUUUACAUCUGAGUCAUCACAGUGGCUUCUGCAUUGUGACUUCAAAUUUCUUUGUAUUACACAGCUUAAGGGUCCAGAAAAUCUAGAUGACCUUUUUGAUUUAAUGUUUUCUUAUGAAAUGUUUUCAAUAUAUAGUCUAUGUCUAGGUUGAGAUAAAGUAAAUUCUAAGAUAAAAUAAUUGCUAAAUAAUCAUUGAUAUGAAUAUCAACACAAUUUUUAAAUAUCAAUCUAAAUGCUAAAGCCAACAUUAAUGUCUUUGGGUAUUUCAAAACUAAUCUUCUUUUUUACUCUUUUUUUUCCAGAUACCAUGGAUCUAGAAGAGGCUCUUGAUAGUGAUGCUGCACAAACCAAUUUGAGCGAUCAGCAGGCUGGAGGACCAGCAUGGCCUGGCCAGCCUCAAAAUCCCUCUUGGCCUGGACAACCAUUCCAGCCCUGGCCUGGGCAACAGCCAAACAUGCCACCCUGGCCUGAACAACCCAAUGCACCAGGGUUUGCCUUUCAAAAUGUGAAUUUGGCUGUCCCAUUUGACAUGCUUCUGCCUCGUGGAAUAUAUGACAAGCUGCUUAUUAUCAUCCAGGGGGAGGUCAACCCAAAUGCUGAAAGGUUUUCAAUAAAUCUGGCCAGAAAUGAAGACAUUGCCUUUCACUUUAACCCCCGCUUUAAUGAAGAUGGGAUUGCGGUGCUAGUUAGAAACACCAUGAUAAACGAUGUGUGGGGUACAGAGGAAAGAACAGCACCUUCAUUCCCUUUCGUUCCAGGAAAGCCUUUUGAGGUAAAGAUCUUGUGUACCCAGACUGAAUAUAAAGUGGCUGUGAACGGUGCACACAUGUUCGAGUACAAACAUCGUUUUCUUGAGCUUGACCAGAUUAACCAUCUCACUAUCUUACAAGAUGUCAAACUUACAGCUGUAAAUUUAGAGACCCUCCCAUUUUAAAUAUUAUGUUGGCCGUGUAGGAAAUAUGUGGUUCCUUUUUUCUUACAUGCAUUUUCUUAAUACAUGUCCUUGUUUCCAGUUUCUGCCUAUUUGGGCAAAAAACAUUAUUGUAUGACUAUAAUUAAAUGAUUACAUUUAGAGACAAAAAUGACCUGCAAGCUAUCUUUAUAAAUCUUUUUCUUGAUAACUAAUAACAUGCAAUAUAUUAGUCAUGAUAUGUUUGCUCCAAAAAUAAAACGUUAAAUGAAAA